GGAAAAUUUUCCAUGUCCCAAUUCCUCUACAAAACCGAGAGUUCUUUAUCUUUGUCAUUUCUAUAGUCCCUUUAAUAGCAACUCAACGUGGCCAAGUGACACAGAAUUAAAAAAUGUAACGGAAAAAAUGGUGCUGAAACUAAAUCAGACGGAAAAGUCGUCGCUAUCUUGACGAUUCCUUUGAAGAAAAUGGGUAUAAAAGGACCACCUUCCUUACCAGAAAGUCCAACCCUCCCGCUUCCACCAGAUCCUCCUCCUCCCCCUCCGGCGGCCUCCGUUCGCUGCCGAAGACAAUGGAGCUCUAUCAGCCCUUCCUAUUUCCGGCAACCCAUUCCGCCGUCCUCCCAGAUCCGUCACAAUACUUCGCCCCAAACCUCCUCUCCUCCCCAUUACCCACAAACUCGUUUUUCCAAAAUUUCGUUCUGAAAAACGGAAGUCAGCCGGAAUACAUUCAUCCUUACAUCAUUAAAUCGGUCCUUUCCACCCUUUCUAUCUGUUACCCAUCUCUGUUUCAAAACGCUUCUUUUGUUUACCAGGUCUUCACUCCUGAUCUCUCCAUCUCUACAGUCAAUAAUCCCAAUCCUAAUUCAUCCCAUGUCAUUUCUGCUUUCAGUGAUUUAGGUGUUACAUUGGAUCAUCCCUCUAGCAAAUUACGUUUCUAUCUCGUGAGGGGAAGUCCUUAUGUGACUUUCGAGGUUUUGGAUAAAGUUGCUAUCUCAAUCUCAACCUUUCAUUCUAUCCUAAAAAUCUCAUCCAAUCCUAGUCUUACUAAGUAUACGAUUAAGCUCAAAAGCAACCAGACUUGGUUGUUGUAUGCUUCUUCACCAAUCUAUUUGAAACAAAGUGGUCGUUCUAACAUUAUUACUGGUAAGUUUACUGGUGUAAUUAGGACAGCUGCUUUGCCGGAUUCCGACCCAGUUACGGAGGCAACUCUUGAUCGUUUCCAUUCGAGUUAUGCUUCUUCUGGUCAUGCUGUUCUUAGUAAGCCAUUCACUGUGGAAUACAGUUGGGAGAAAAAGGGAUUUGGGGGUGAUUUGUUAAUGCUUGCACUUCCCCUGCAUCUUAAGUUUCUGUCUACUGCGGAUUGUUCUUUUACUGUCUUGAAGAAUUUCAAGUAUAGCAGCAUUGAUGGAGACCUUGUGGGUGUUGUUGCUAAAGAUUCAUGGGUUCUAAAGACUGAUCCUAUUCCUUUGAGUUGGCAUUCAAUUAAAGGGGUUGAGAAGAAAUCACAAGCAGAGAUAGUAGCUGCCCUGACCAAGGAUGUUAAGGAUCUAAGCAAAACUCCCAUAGGCACUAAUUCAUCUUAUUUUUAUGGGAAGGCCAUUGCUAGAGCUGCAAGGUUAGCUUUGAUUGCUGAAGAGGUUUCUUACCUAAAAGUUAUUCCAGCAAUCAAGAAGUUUUUGAAGCGUUCGAUUGAACCAUGGUUGGAUGGGAAAUUUGUUGGAAACGCUUUUCUGUAUGAUCCGAAAUGGGGUGGAAUUGUAACUAAGGUAGGAUCAUUGGAUCCUAUGGGUGAUUUUGGAUUUGGGAUUUACAAUGAUCACCAUUAUCAUCUAGGCUACUUCACUUAUGUCAUCUCUGUGCUCGCAAAGAUUGAUCCUGAUUGGGGAAAGAAGUACAAGCCACAAGCUUACUCACUGGUGACAGAUUUUAUGACUUCAAGCAACAAAGCAGCAAAUUCAAGUUACCCUAAAGUGAGGUGUUUUGAUUUCUGGCUGUUGCAUUCUUGGGCUGCAGGGUUGACAGAAUUUCCUGAUGGCCGGAAUCAGGAAAGUACGAGCGAGGCGAUAAACGGUUAUUAUUCCGCAGCUUUGAUGGGGUUGGCAUACGGAGACAAUCAUCUUGUCGACAUUGGAUCAACUCUUACAGCCUUUGAGAUUCAGUCUGCAAUAGCUUGGUGGCAUGUGAGGAAGGAUGAUACUCUGUAUGGGGAAGAAUUUACCAAAGAGAACAGAGUUGUGGGUAUAUUAUGGGCAAACAAGAGGGAAAGUCGCCUUUGGUUCGCGCCGCCGGAAUGGGUGGAAUGUAGGCUUGGGAUCCAAGUUCUACCAUUGUUGCCUAUAACUGAGGUUGUGUUCUCUGAUGUUAAGUAUACAAAACAGCUAGUUAAGUGGUCCAGGCCAGCUUUGUCAAGGAAUGAUACUGGAGAAGGGUGGAAGGGAUUCAUCUUUGCUUUGGAAGGUGUUUACAAGAGAAGAAGUGCUCUGAAGAAGAUCAAGAAAUUGAAGGGUUACGAUGAUGGGAAUUCACUUACAAACCUUUUGUGGUGGAUUCACAGUAGAAGUUGAUGGACAAGUUGGACAUGGAAGAGGAAGGUGAUUCUGCUGGUAUUUUUGAGGACAAACACUGUUUAGUAUAUUUCUUUGGUUCCAAAAAAAUAACAUGUUUGUUGUAAUCGUUAAUUCAGUUUUACAAUAAUGAUUAUUUUCCUGAAAUGGAAAGAGUAUCAUUCACCUUAAUUUUACGUCUUCAUUCUACUUCAUGUUCAAUCUCUGAAUGAUGCACCACUAGCAUCAAUUUUCCUCAAAUAAUUUUGCUGGCUGAUAAGCUUUGUAAAAAACAUAUUUGGUUCGAAAAAGUUAAUAAAAC